AUGUCUCUAACGACAGAAAUGGAGGAUACAGGAACAAACAUCACAGUUUUAAUUGAUAAUUAUGAUUCAUUUACCUGGAAUGUUUACCAAUACCUUACAGAACUUGGUGCACAAGUUGAAGUAUUUCGUAAUGAUAAAAUCACAAUUGAUAAAAUUGCUGCAUUGAAUCCCAAAAACUUGGUAAUUUCUCCAGGUCCAGGUCAGCCAUUAACUGACUCUGGAAUAUCUUGUGAAGUUAUUUCUCAUUUUUCUGGUAAAAUACCAAUUCUUGGUAUUUGUAUGGGUGAGCAAUGCAUUUUUGAAGUAUUUGGUGGUAAGGUUGAUUAUGCUGGUGAAAUAGUUCAUGGUAAAACAUCUACUAUUGAACAUGACAGUGUUGGAUUGUUUAUAAAUGUGCCAAAGGAAAUAUCUGCUACCAGAUAUCAUUCUUUAGCUGCUCAACCAAGCACAAUUCCUGAUGAAUUGAUGUCAACUUGUUGGAGUGAUACUAAGGUUUUAAUGGGCAUAAGACAUCGUGAAUUCACCAUUGAAGGAAUUCAAUUUCAUCCAGAAAGCAUUCUUA